AUGGCAGUUGAGGCGCCACGGUCUGUGAGGUGGGGAUACUUUCGAAUAAUCACGGGCACCAUUCUCGGAGGCGUUCUGGGCUUCUAUGUUAUGCACAGAGUCGAGACGGCGUACAAGGCAAGGGGAGGGUGUUUUCUUUCUUAAUUUUUUCACUAUUCCUCAUGUUUUUGUCAUUUAGGAUUCUCUGCAUAUACGCCUCGACGUGGUCGUGUUUCUCUGAUUUCCUUUUUGGAUUCCAUGAUCCUUGCUGUUACAGGAGAAGAUGAAAGAGAGACUGGCCAUAUACGAGAAGGAGAUGUUGUUGAAAAAGCAGAGGGAGGAUGGCAACAAGCAGGAGUCGUAA